AUGGAAAAGACCGCGCCAAUCUCAGAGAAGUCAGCCUCAGCUCAUACAGCCCCGGUUGCUGCAGCCGAUGACGGAAUCCUGCACGGUCACCCGCACAAGAUAUCAGCUGAGCUCGACUCUGGCCAGGAUGUGCCGUCCAGCAUAGAAGAGGCUGAGAAUGCCAGGGGAGUUGGUGGUCCUGAUGCAGAGGCGGCUCCCGAAAAGGAGAAGCACAAGCUUCAAGACCAGACAAAUCUUCUUCCCUUCAAACAACUUAUCGUCGUCUUCGUUGGCUUGAGUUGUGCCUUGUUUUGCUCCCUGCUUGACCAAACCAUCGUAUCAACGGCACUACCCACACUUGGGCGAGUCUUCAAUGAUGCCUCUAUAUCAUCAUGGGUCGGCACGGCAUACCUUCUCACCUCGACGGCCUGCCAGCCACUCUAUGGUCGACUUUCGGACAUUUUCGGCCGUAAGGUGAUCCUUCUGGGCAGCAUGGGCUUCUUCCUUGUUGGGUCGAUCUUGUGCGCGGUUUCGCAGAGCAUGAUUAUGCUCAUCGUCUUCCGAGCUAUUUCGGGCAUUGGUGGAGGCGGUAUCUUGACUUCUGUCAUGAUUGUGACCUCAGACGUGGUGUCAUUAGAGCAACGUGGCACAUAUCAGGGCAUACUUGGUGUCGUGGUGGCGAUAUCGAACUCACUUGGUCCCCUGAUCGGUGGUGUCUUUUCGGAAGCAGUCUCUUGGCGUUGGUGUUUCUAUAUCAACAUCCCUCUUACGAGCACUGCUAUCCUCGUGGUUGCCUUUGUUCUGCCUCUCAAGCGGCCCAAGGGGGACGUCAAGGGGAAAUUGAAGAAGAUUGACUACUUGGGCUGUGUCACGAUGUUGGCUUCCGCGAUCUUGAUACUUCUUCCACUGUCCUGGGGUGGAACUCAGUAUGCCUGGAACUCGGCCGGAUUCAUUGUGCCCCUUGUCCUCGGCGUUGCUUUGUUCGUUGCCUUCAUCGUCAUUGAGUUCAAAGUGGCCGCACUGCCGCUCAUUCCCAUGCACAUUUUCAAGAUCCCCACUGUUGCCGGUGCCUAUACCGGCGCAUUCUUCACAGGCUUCAUGUUCUACUGCAAUUUAUACUAUCUCCCUCAAUUCUACCAAGUCGUCCGCGGCGCAACACCCAUCCGCUCAGGCAUAAUGCUCCUCCCCCUCAUCCUUGUCCAGACCGUGACAUCCUUCACGGCCGGCUUCCUCGUCUCCAAAACGGGCAAUUACCAGCUCAACCUCUGGUUCGGCUUCGCCAUCUGGACCGUGGCCUGUGGCCUGCUGUCCACCAUCUCGCCUUCCAUCUCCGAUGCCCGCCUCGUCGGGUACCAGAUCCUAAGCGGCAUCGGGGCCGGGCAGACGUUCCAGACCAGUUUGGUAGCCAUACAGGCGAGCGUGGCCAGGCCAGAUAUGGCGGUGGCCACAGGUACGCGGAAUUUCUUGCGGCUGCUGGGUGGGACUGUUGCGUUGGCUGCUUGUGCUGCUAUCUUGAAUAAUACGGCAAAAACCGACCUUGCCUCCGUUUUGUCAUCCGAGACAAUCGACGAGAUCAUAUCGGAUCCUACCAAAAUUGCUGCCGGCACUUUGGGUUUGUCUGUGGCACAGUCAGCAGCAGCCACCAUGGCAUAUAGUAAGUUGGUGUAUCCGCUGCCCCAAUCCUCAGUGCGAAUCACAACCCAUGGCAUAAGAAACAUCUACUACUUCAUGAUCCCGUGCUGCUGUAUCUCCUUCUUUGCAACACUCUUCUUCGUCAGGGGUCACAGCCUAAAGAGGGAAGACGAUGCGAAGCUCCAGGAAGAGGGCAAACGAUGGGCAGAGACCCACAAAGGGAUCUUGAGUCGCAAAAAGAAGACGAAUGACGCAAACGUUACAAUAGAGACGUCGAAUGGCGAAAACAUGGACACGGCUGGUAAAUAG